AUGUCAUCAAAUCCAUUUGACGAUAAUUAUGUAAAUCCCAAUAUUUAUAAAGGACCGGUGAAAAGUUAUACAACGGUAAAUUCUAACAAUAGUGGUAACAGUAUAGAAGAUGAUGUUAAUUUUUAUGAACAAGAGCUGGAACGCUACAUGCAGGAAUCGUUAGAUAGCACAGAGCGAUCAAGGAAGAAUUUAGAACAAAGUGAACAAAUUGGCAUAGCAACUGCACAAGACUUGUUAACGCAAAGGGAGAAGCUAGAACAUACGGAAAAGAAUCUCGAUGAUAUUGAUAGAACAACGAAAAUGACUCAGCGUAACCUUAACAGUUUGAAAUCUGUCUUCGGCGGUUUCUUCAGAAAUAAAUUUUCUCGUGCGCCAAAAGAGGAGUCAUCUAUGGCUCCGUCGAAAUCGGAUUCAGUGCUUGAAAAUACUGUGGAUAAAUUAAGUAAUGUUUCUAAAGCAGGUUCAAGUUAUGCUGGUGCCGUAUGUAUAUCGGGUCCAACAUUAAGCGAGAGUUCACGGGCUGCAAUCAAAGGAACACGCUGGGAGGCGAUGGAUAAUGAAAUUGAUUCUAAUCUUGAUUCAAUGAGUUCUCAAUUGGCUCGAUUACGUAUGCUUGGCAAAGCUAUUGGCGAGGAAGUUGAUUCGCAGAAUGAAAUGUUAGAUAGAAUUCAAGUUAAAGCUGAACGUACUAAUGCACGCGUCAAAGAUCAAGAUAAGCAAAUGAAAAAAUUACUUGGUUCAGCGGAUAAAGAGGAAAUGAAGCCUUCAUUACCUUCAGUUAGCAAAAAGAGAAUUGUAUAUAGUGCAGUCAAAAGUGCUUUCUAA